AUGUCACUAACAGAUACAUGCGUAUCGUUUGCUUUGGGAAAUCCGCUUUACUUGUUUUCCACUGGAUUGCUGCUAAACUGUGUGUUCACACCACUAUACCUCUGGAAAACACAAAAUAGCAAAAUCGUAUUCAUUUCGCUACUGCACUUUGUGGUGCUGUAUGCCACAGUAUUCAUUACAGUUGGUGCUGAUAAAUCCCUUUACAAGGAUAAGUGGGUAGCCCUUCCCUUGGCAAAAAAGACUCGCAUUUCUCGUAACACGAGUUUGUACUGUUUCAAGCUAAAGUACCCGCUUGAAACGCUGCAUAUCCCCAUGGGGCACCAUCUGGCAGUAAGAGUCACAAUAAAUGGGGAGCGACUAGUGAGAUAUUAUACACCGGUAAAUGUCCCUAACACAGAGGGUCACCUGGAACUAGUAGUCAAGACAUACAAACACGGUGUUGUUUCCAAAUACUUUGACAAACUAAAAAUUGGCCAGUGCGUAGAAUUUAAGGGGCCCUUAGGCGAACUGGAAUAUGAACAAGAUACUGCGACAGAAUUGGGCAUAAUCGCAGGUGGUUCUGGUAUUACCCCCGUAUUGCAAGUUCUACAAGAAAUUAUACCAUCGCCCGAGGAUCUAACACAUAUUUCCUUAAUUUAUGCAAACGAAACAGAGAAUGACAUUCUCAUGAAAUCGCAGUUAGACCACAUGGCUAAUGAGUAUCCGCAUUUCAAAGUUCAUUACGUGGUUCAUAGGCCAAAUGGCAAAUGGAACGGUGACAUAGGUUACGUGACUCUAGAGGAAAUGAAAAAAUAUCUGCCCAAACAGGCGGAGGAUCACCGUUUAUUGAUUUGCGGACCUCCCAAGAUGAACGAAUUGGUUCUGAGUUAUGCAAAGGAGUUGGGCUGGAGUAACGGAUUCCACAAAGGUAAUGGAAGCGAUAAGGUUUUUGUUUUCUAA